AAAUUGCGCUCAAACGACUUGCCCAAGCACCCAUAUCUUACCCAACACUGAGAUUGCACUCACAUGACUUGCCUGAGGACUUCAAACAGUCUCCUGCAUGCACCAAGCUGAAGGAAAAAGAUGCCGGAUAUGAGAUUUCCGGCAGCAACAAAGGUGGCAUCACAUUGCCCGAGAGAGUACUCUCUCAUACUCUUACGGCUGCAUCUCGCCACUGCCAAAUUCUUAAAGGCCACAUCCCACAGCGGCCCCAGG